AUGCUGUACUGGGGGCCGCCGGAGCGGGACGAGAAGUCCCAGCUGCAGGAGCUGAACGCGCGCCUGCAGGACUACGUGUCCCGCGUGCGGCAGCUGGAGCGGGAGAACGGGGCCCUGCUGGAGGAGCUGGCCGCCCGGCGCGGGCGGGAGGCGGAGCGGGCCGCCGGCCUGCGGGAGCAGUGCGAGGCCGAGGCGGCGGGGCUGCGGCGGCAGCUGGACCGGCUGCUCUGGGACCGCGAGCUGGCGGCCGGGGAGCGGGACGCGCUGGAGCGGGAGCUGCGGGAGCUCGGGCGGCUGGGCCGGGAGGCGCGGGAGGCGCGCGGCCGGGCGGGCGCCGAGCUGGGCGAGCUGCGGCGCCGGCUGCGGGAGGCGCGGGACGCGCGGCCGGGGCUGGAGGCGCUGCUCGGCCGGCUGCAGGGCGAGCGCCGCCGGCUGCUGCUGGAGGCCCGCCGGGCCCGGGAGCUGCCGCUGCGGGGCCCGGCGGCCGUUUCCCCUCCGCGGGGCCGCCGGCCCGAGCCCGACCUCCUGCGGGCCCUCCGCGCCGGCUGCGCCCUGCUGGCCGCCGGCGCCCGCGACCACGCCGUCCGCCGCUACCGGCAGCGGGUGCGGGAGCUGGAGGAGGCCGCCCGGCUGGGGCUGGCCCAGCGGCUGCGGGCCGAGGAGGAGCGGCGCCAAGGCCUGCGGGAGCUGGACGCCCUGCACCGCCGGGCCCGGGAGCUGGACCAGCUGCGGGCCGCCCUGGAGGAACAGCUGCUCCGCCUGCGGGACCGCUACGGCCUGGAGGUGGACGAAAGCCAGAGAGUUAUCGACCUUCUGGAGGAUGAAAAGGAGACCUUGACCAGGACCAUCACAGACUGGCUAAAGGAAUACCAAGAAUUGGUGCAGGUGAAGACGGGCCUGAGCCUUGAAGUUGCAACAUACCGAGCCUUACUGGAAGGAGAGAGCAACCCGGAGAUACUAAUAUGGACCGAGCACAUUCAAAAUGUACCCCAAGAUUUCAGAAACAGAUCUUAUGAUUACACAAAGUCGAUAUUACAAAAAGAAAAUGAACGAAACAUACUUCCAGGACAGAAAAUACCUUCUGCAAAUAUAAAUAGCUCAGCGCUGUAUUCAGCUCGAUCAGCAUAUUUUGGACCACAGACUACAUCUACGAGAGAAGUUUUAAGAAAAGAUUUGCUUGAUUCAGGAGAUUCUUCUUCAGCUACUAUCAAUCAGGAAUGCUCAACUUCAAAAGAUCACACAGUUUUCAGAACAUUUUCUCCAACCUAUGAUCUUCUGAGAAAAACUGAAUCUCAGCUCCAGUCAUUUUCUGAACAACAGAAAAAAGACAGUACAAAUAUUGAGAGCUUAAAUUUAGCCAGAGAAUUAACUCUCAAAGCAAACCGAGAAUCCAGAGAUGAUGUGAGGGUUCAGGUUUCUGACAAUUCUAGUUCAAAAAUGCUUUCUACUCAAUUUCCAACUUCUGAACAAGAUCUUAAACAAACAGAGUAUACACAAAAUAUUGAUGAAGUGCAUUUGGCAGGAAAAGAGGAGUCGAAGGAAGAUAAAUCAACUAAAGUGGAAAGAAAGAUUUUGUUAGAAGAAAAAUACAACCAGGACAUUCCAUCCGAGGAAGAAAAUAUAAGAAAAACAGAUAAAGCCAGAGAUGAAAGAAGUGUUGUUUUGGGAAAGAAUACUGAUGAUAAAUCAUCAACAGAGUACAGAAAACACGUAAUAGAAACAACUAUAAAAGAUAAAGCAAUCCAAGAUGAGAAAAGAUUUGCGUCAAAGGAAAAGGCUUCAGAGGAGAGAACCUUAAGAUGGGAGAAAUUGACUAAACUAGAUAAAGAAACAAGAGAAAGAGAAACUAUGCAGAGGAAAGAAAAGAGUAAAGAAAGUGAAUCAACUAAAGAGAAACAUGGGACAUAUGGAGACAACAUAGAAAUAGAAAUACCCAUAAGCUUUGAAGGGAAGAUGCAUGAAAAAGCCUCAAAGGAAAAUGAAACAGAGUUAUCACUGCAAAAGUCACCAACAUCUCAAAGAAAGUACGAUGAUCUUGGCACUAACAAGAGUGCAGCGCAUUUUGAAUCUGGUGCUAGUGAGAAAGAUCUGAAAUUCAAGGAGGAAACCAGAGACUCCAGCACCUCCAAAAUGGAUUCCUCAACGACAGAAACUAUAGCAGAAAAUAUUGUUGCCAGUGUUCUUCAGCGGUUUGUACAGCCUUCUGACUCAACAACUUCAGCAGGAACAUUUCCAGAUACAGAAAUUACUUAUGUGGAAAGGAAGGAAUUUCCUGGUAAAGACAAGGCAAAGACUGAGAUUAUUGUGGAAUCUAAGGUGCUUGAAGAUAUAGAUAUUUCCGAUGAAGACAGCCUAAAGCAUCUUCUAAGCCAAGAUAUUAAGGAACUUGAUAUUCAAGGGAAAUCAACAGAAACAAUGAUAGAAGAGAUAAUAAAUCUGUGCCCAAAAGGGAAAGAUGGGAAGGGAAAAAUAGUUAACGUUGAAAUAGUUGAGGAGCCCCUUGGGUAUGUCUGUGAUGAGAAGACUGAGCUAACACCCUUUGAAGUAGAGGAAGUGGAUGAUUCUUCUCCAGUUAUUGAAAGACAUUGUGACGUUGAAGAAGGCAGUGAAGAAGCAAGUACCUUUUCAGCUAAUAAGCUGAAAAAGACAACCCUGGCACAUCAGAACGUAACUCAUGUUGAAGAGGUAACUGAGGCAGGUGACUCCGAGAGUGAACAGAGAUACUUUGUGUCUACUCCGGAAGAAUACCCUUUGACUCAUGAGAGAGAUGAAGGCUCAGUUUAUGGGCAGAUUCACAUCGAAGAAGAAUCAACCAUCAAAUAUUCUUGGCAAGAUGAAUUUUCCCAAAGUGCACAGACUAGGAGAAAGAAAGACCGAUUUCCUGGAGAGGAAAUUAUAAGCUCAUCAGACCUUAAUUAUGCAAUGUCAGAGGAAGGCAUAGGCUCUUAUCACUCAAAAGAGGAAGACUUGAAAGGUGAUUCCAUACACUCUGAGUCCCUUGUCAUUGAAAAAGAAAUUAAAAUAUCCCCUGAGUUCCAGACAUCAAUAAAGGGACUCCUCAGCAAGGACCCCAAACAUCAGUUGGUGGAAGCAAUAGAGAAGCUGGAAGGGAGCCUGCCAGAGAGCAUAAGAGAGGAGCUGUCUGUCCUGACCAAGGAGAGGCAAGGGGACAUGGCAGUUGACAUCAAAAAAGUUGAACAAACCACUGAAGGUGGUUCAGUGACAAUUGUAGCUGAAGUCAAUCUGUCUCAAACUGUGGAUGCUGACCAGCUCAAUAUUGAGCAGCUCAGUAAAGAUGAAGUAAGCAAAUCAGAGAAAACAUUACGCUCCACAGAUACUUUUGGGGCACAAGAUAGCCGGGAAUCUGAAAACUUUGAUCAUCCAGAUGGUCAUGACAGUUACAGCUUUAGUAGUGAACCUAGGCGCUGGGCUAGCCGAGAAAUUGACAGCUCCUCUAGAGAGGAAGAAGAUGGCGGGGCAGAGCAAUACAUCACUGAAAAAAUUGCCUGCCAGGGUCCAGUUUCUGCAACGGUGGAAGUUAGCAGCCCAAGAGGUUUCGAACAAGUCCAGGUGUUGGAAGACGUGAACCAACCUGUCAGGCACAUACAAAUAGGCCCCACUGAAAUUCAGAGGACAGAGCAUAUCCUCUAUGGAGGGGCUGAGGUAAGUGGGGAAGGAGUAGACCUCAGUCAGAAAGAGGACUCAGUUAGUAUGGGUAGUUCCGUGAGGCAUUUUCAGCUGGGUCCUAAUACGAGCCAAAUGGCCAAAGAGAUCAUUUUCAGAGGGCCUGCUUCUGCAACACAGGAAGUGGGUGGCAGUGAAGACCUGGGACAGGGAGAGAGUUCCAGGAGGCACAUCACAUUAGGGUCCAAACAACUUCAUGCCAACAGAGAAAUCAUUGUUCAUGGGUCCAUUUCUGAGUCUGGGCAAGGGGAAGACUAUUCUCAGGACAAAGGGUCAGUUGACACCCAGACCUCCAAAAGAUAUUUUAAGCUAGACCCCAAAGAAACAUAUGCAGAGCAAGUCAUUUUCAGGGGCCCUUUUUCCGACGUAAAGGAAUUCAAUGUCAGAGGAGACACCUCUUCUACAGAAGGGUCAUUGAAUAACAAUACAGCAAUCAGGCACAUCAAAAUUGGGUCUCGAGAAUUUCAGACUGAACAAAUCAUUUUCCAUGGGCCUGUUUCUCAUCAUGUGGAAUUUAGUGACUCCGGAAACACUUUUCAACCAGAGGGCUCAUUAGACACAAAUAGGUACCUUCAGAGUGGUGGGCUAGAUCAAAAAGAGUUUACCACGAAUGGGCAAAUUGUCUACCAGGGGGCUAUUUCUGAAUCUACAUGGGAGAGGCAUGCAGAGGAUAUGCCAGGAACAGGAGAAGCAACAGAUGCUAGCAGGUCCAUCAGGCACAUUAAGUUAAGCCCCACAGAAACCCAAACCACUGAACAAAUUGUCUUCUGUGGACCUAUUUCUAAAGCUUCUCCAUCUGUUGGCUCAGAUGAUGUGUCUGAGCUAGAAGGGGUAACAGAUAGCAGCAGAUCAAUUAGGAACAUUAAACUGGGGUCCAAAGAAACUUCAUUUACCUUUCAGAUGGAUGUAUCUGACUUGGAGAUGCCAUCCAGCACUACUAGAAGUAUGCAGGAAGCUACCAUCAUCCUUCCUCAAAGGAAGGAAAUGAAUGUGCUCUUUGGAUCGGAUGAUUGGAAAGGCAUUGAAAGUCAGUCGGGAGUAGAAGAAGGUGUGGGGUUUAACGAGUCUAUUGGUGGAAAAAAAUGGGCUCCAGGGGAAGGUGUUGUGGAGAAGUCCUCAUUUGAAAAAACCGUGGAGCUGCAAAGAAUGGUAGACCAAAGGUCAGUGAUUUCAGAUGAAAAGAAAAUUGCUGUCCUCUACCUAGACAAGGAACAGGAGGAGGAGGAGGAGGAUAAUGAUGGACGUUGGUUUUGAAAAGAAUGUUUUAAUCACAUCCUGCAUAGCCGCUUUUCAUCACUCGGUCAUUUUGAUUCUGCCUCAUCAUUUGGGUGGAUGAAUGCUAAUUCUGAAACUGUUAUAGCCUUUUUUUUUUUCGUGCUUAAGCUGCUUCAGAAGGAAAGUUCCAGCAAAGUGAAUGGACUUCAUAGCUCCCUCUCCGUAAGCAAUAGAUUACUUCAGUCUUUGGGAUUUUUUUUACAGUUCUGAUCUUCAUUUUGUGAAUGGAAUUUAACAAAUGACUCUUUGAUCUUCAAGUUGGUGUCAGUGUUUGGAAACUCUUUUUUCUCAUUUUUCCUCCUGAGCCUACAAAUGCCAUAAUUUCUACUAACUUUGAAAGCUUUUAUAAUAAUGUAAAUGAUCCAUAAUAACUAUAGUUAGAUUUUAAAGUAAUUACAUUUGCAUGAGGUAGUAUUAAGUGAUACACACUAAAGUUUAAGAAAAGUCACAUCCAAAUUAUUGGAGAACCAAAUAUAUAUAAGAAUAUUGAAGCUAUUUUCAAAUCUCUUACACUCAUAGCUAUCAUAUAAAAGAUUAUUAACUAUUAACAUUUCAGAUUUUACAGGAGAAAGUUUAGAAUCCUGAAAACAGCCUUGAAAUAAUAGAUUUCAGUGUCUUUAAAACAGUCACUGUAUAUAAAGAGAUUGAUUACAUAGGCCAUUGUAAUAUUUAUAGGCUUUUAAUGGAUUGAAAAAUGUGCAUAUGAGAGAAUCAGUCUUACUAUUGUGGCACACUGUAUAACUGCAUCAGAGAUAUAACAAACUAUAAAAGCAACAGGAAUGUAGUUCAUUUUUUUUGCCUUGAGUACUUCUAACCUAGCACUUUAACAUGAAAUGUGUUCGAAUCAUGUCAUUAUAUAACAUUCUCAUCCCUUAAAAAUCACCUUUGAGCCUAGUGUCCCUAUUUCUCUAAAAUAACGGGUAAGCUGAUGAGUCAUGGAAAAGGUAAAGAGCUCUAAUUAGGCCUUUUUCAACACUCUGUAGUCCAAAUUGUUUUUGUUAAGAUGAACAGUUGUCAUACAAUACUAGGAUUUUCCAUUUUGGGAAAAUAAUAUAAUUGUUCAUUCAUUCAUUCAAUCAUAUUUAUUGAGCGCUUACUGUGUGCAGAGCACUGUACUAAGCACUUGGGAAGUACAAGUUGGCAACAUAUAGAGACAGUCCCUACCCAACAGUGGGCUCAAUUGUUUUGGGGGGAAUAAAAGUAAAUGGUUCAUCCCAAAAGAACAUAUAAAAUUAUAUUAAGAAUGAGAAGUUUACAUUCCAAUAUAUUGCAUAAUCCUAGGAUCUCCUGCAAUUAUCAGUCACCCCUCUAAAAAUAUUUAUUCCUUUUUGAACAGUAGAAUUGAGGCACAACAAAUUUGGCUAAAUAUAUAUAUAUAUUUUUUGAGUGUUGCUGUUUUAAGAAAGUGCGGGAUGUUGUGACCUUGCAAGAGAAGCCACUUAGAUAUUAUGGAUUAAAAGUGAAUUUUUAAAUUGCCUUCUGUUUUUCUAAGUGUUGCAUAUAAAUUAAGUAGACACGAUUUUAGGUGCAGAAAUCAUAAAAACCCUUUUUUUCUUAUAGAUUUUUGGUCUUCGUUUUUAAUGAAUGAGAGACCUUGAGAUCUUUCUGCCUGUUCAUAAUCUAUGCAACUUUUAAAAAACUUUACUGUUUAACAUAUUUACAUGUUUGUGUGUGUCUGUGUGUUAACUCCUUGAAUAUACUAAUAAAUUAGUCCUUAUUGACUAAUCAUGGUGCGGGCAUGAUUAAGAAGAAUCUGUUACAUGUGCUCACCUAACCAACCUAACUUUUGCUCCAGAGAAAAAUAGCAAAUAAUGAAUUAUUUCUAUGCUAAGCAAAGAAUCCUUAAGCUUACAGAAUACCCUUUGGGAUUUUUUCUUAAAUGACAUUUUCAAAGCAUUGUAACAAAUGAGCGUUUAGUUUUGUUACACCUUCUGAAUAUAUAUAAUUUUCAAGUAAACUCUUAAGAUUAGCUGAUGAGCAUUGGCCUAUAGGUACAAAAUAUAAACCUCAGUGUAUAUUAGUAAAUUUUUGUUAUAGAUAAACUAAUGCCUAGUUGGGAGGGACAGAGAGAAAGAGACAGACACUGAAUGAGACACAGCAUUAGUCCUCAAUUUUGAAGAUAAUGCCAAUGGCAGUAAGAUCCAAAUUUGCAUGUGUAGGUGUGGCUAAAAAUACUAUGUAUGACCAACAGCUCAUUUUUCUCUUUGCAUGCCAAGAUUUAUCCUUUUCUGUGGUGACAUGUUUGCUAUUUGCAAUGCUCAUUGUUUUUAAAUUUACCUCUUGAAAUCCCAUUUCUUUUUGAGGAGAGCAGACUUUCUCUAGUUGACAAAUGCCAGGCUGAUCUUUUUCCUGCAGUUCUGUGUUGUUUGAUAGCAAUGCUUUCCUUUUUUAAAGAUAUUUGGUUUUUUUCCCCUGCUUGGUAUAUCCCAUUUUGGCUCGCCAUUCAGCAAUGCUUGUGGCUUUCCACUGGGUUGUAAUAAGCAUUGUCUCAGAGUGACUGUGACGCAGAACUUCACUGUUCGUGAUUCUUCUGUCUUGACACCUGGAGUUCAGUAUGGCUCUUAGAUUACUCGCUUAAAAGUGUUUGGAAAGUCCGGCGAGCCUCUUGGACUAAAUUACUCUGUAUUCGGCUACAUAAAACUUCUGUAGAAUCCCUAUAGAACCUCUUUAGCUCUAUUCUACCCAAGAGACCUCAUUUUAAAACUUAUUUUUAUUAUUAUUAUUAUGAUAUUGAGCACUUUGUGCAAAGCAGUAUAUUAAACAUGGAGGUGAGAACAAGAUGAUCAGAAAGAGUCCCUUAGGGGAAUAAAGGUAAGAGAAACAAUAAUUACAAAUAAUUAUAACAGUAAUGUAACAGUCCAAAAUAU